AUGAGUGCUGUAUCUGAAUCUGGUAACUCUGACGAUGUCACAUCAGGUUCUCCGGACACCCAGCGUCCAAGCAUCCCGUACAGAAAGCUUCUUCCGAGCGUUCAGACAACGCAUAAUGCUCUCAUUCUUAGGCCAGCUCCAUUUAAUGAACCGCAAGUUGAACAGGUUCCCAUCCCGUCCAUACUGCCAGGAAGUGUUCUUCUGCGUAUCCUCGCAACGCCGCUCCACUCUUACAGCAAACUUGGCUUUGACUUUUACAACCCUGGGAGAUCUCCCCAAGAACAGUCAUUUAUUCCCGGCUCAAGUGCAAUUGCCCGUGUGAGUCGGGUCGGUGACGAUGCAACCGCUUUGAGGAUUGGCCAACUAGUCUUCUUUGACUCGGUGAUGAAAGGAAGAGAUAGCCCGGAGACGAUUCGUUUUUGCAACCCUGUAUAUCAUGGCUUCGACCCUCAGAGUAAGGAAGUCACAGUCUCUAGCGGCUUUGCAGACGGUUCGUAUGCCGAAUUCAUGAGAGCACCGCUUGAGAACUGCUAUCCUUUGGAUGAGGCUAAGUUGAUGGGAGAUCCGAGGAAAUGGGGCUUUGCAUAUACCCCAGCACAACUUUGCGCGAUUGCCACCUUCCUCAGGCCGUUCGGUGGAUUGUCUAGCAUUGAUGUGAAGCCCGGUGAAACGGUCUUGAUUUCUCCGGCCACUUAUCCAAACGGCGUUGCUGCAUGCAUGGUUGCGUUGGCUAUGGGUGCAAAAGUUGUAGCCUGUUGUCACAAUGAUGCUAAGCUGGUACAGCUCAAUCAGAUUCUAUCCCACACUCACAACGGUUCUUGUGAAAGGAUCUCUACGAUAACCUGGACAGGUAACCCUACAAAAGAUGUCCGCAACAUUAACACGUUUGGUCCGAUGGAUGCGUUCCUCGACAUUUCUCCUCCAGGAGCCCGAAGAUCCUUGCAUCUCAAAUCCGGUAUUAUGUCGCUCAGAACUGGGGGCCGGGUGAGUCUGAUGGGUGCCUAUGACGAGCUUGAGAUUCCCAAUCUCUUCGUCACACGUUGCAAUAUCACGUUGAAAGGAAACUGGAUGCAUGAGCGAAAGGAUGUUCUUGCACUGAUCAAGAUGGUAGAGAAGGGGAAUCUUCGCCUGAAAGAAGAGGACGGAUGCUAUGUUGUCGGCCAAUUUGGUCUGGAUCAAUGGAAGGAGGCAUUGGAGGCAGCCAAUCAGCUCACUGGUAUUGGAGAGAGUGUUGUUUUUUCUUUCUAG